AUGUUCUACGUUUACCAUCGCCUCGGAAUCCAAUCCAAUGUUCUAGUCGCAGCUCGCUACGCCUCAGCCCAACCGGGCAAGCAGCGUAUAAUCCUAUCCGACGAUGCAGUCUUCUCAGCUCUCCACGCUGUCGUCACCAAGUUCCCAGAGCUCGGUCUCGUCGGAGUAGUAGGGCCCGCCGCCGAGGAGGGCAAGCAUCUCCUGUCUAUCGCGACACUCAACGAGAUUAAUCUCGAACGCUGCAUCGAGUUCAUCGACGACGAGACAACCCAAGUCGACGCCGAGUUCCUCGAAAAGCUCCAUGGGAAAUGGCACUGGGCUGAUGGUACAGUCGAGGCAGGAGUGCCCUGGUGGAAAAUCAUCGUUAUCGGACGCCGAGACGUUGUCUUCGUCUACCACCACCUCGUUUGUGACGGCGCGUUCGGUAUGAUAUUCCACCGCGAGCUACUGGAUACUCUUAAUGCAUCAGCCGUCUCCGACGCGGGCUUCACUCCAACGCGCAUCAUCAAGCUCGAUCCCGACAGGGUACGACUGAGCAUGGCCCUCGAGAACACUAUCCACAAGAAACCAGCGGUCCUGGGCGUUAUCUACAACCUCCUCGUCUUCCUCUUCUACCGGUUCUUCUACGCUAAAAAGCUCUUCUUCAUCAACUUUCCUAAGCCGAAGGAGCUACUCAAGGACCCGAUGGCUGUCGUUGAGCCCGCGGACCGUACCGUCACAAAGGUCACGACCCGUCGUAUUCCCUCUGACAAGAUGGACGCCAUCAUCAAAGCGUGCCGCGCGCAUGACACAACUUUCACGCCGUUUCUGGCUGUUGUCGUCGCCGGCACCCUCGCAGCAGACUUCUAUCCUCACGCUGAAGUCGGAUUUACCCGGUACGCCGUGGAUAUGCGCGUCACGGGCUGCUUCGACACGGCUUCGUCGGACGAGGGUAAACUGCUCAACCUGGCUGCGAGUCUCCCUGAGCCGGAGAAACUGAGGAAGUACCGCCAGGCCUUCUCAGCAUCAUCCUCCGUAGGCGACAAGCAAAAAGGACUUACCGCGACCGUCGAUUCCAAAGCCGCUUGGGACCUAGUCCGAGACUAUGGGAGACGAAUGGUGGAGUCGCGGAGCGGCGGGGACGAGUCUCAUCUUUACAAGGCCUGGAUCAGCGGCAAUGCUCUUGGGCCAAGCCUCGAGGAGUUCACCGAGAAGUUGCCGUCGAUGGGACUCUUCAUGCAGAACAGUUUUUCAGUCUCCAAUGUCGGAUGUCUCAAGACCGCGCCUCCGUCUUCGAAUGUUGAAGAGCCGGUGGUGAAGAUUGAGGAUGUGCAGUUCUCGGCCGGCCCGGUACAAGGUGCCGUGGGUUACCAUGGUAUUGUGUUCAAUGUGGCGGGGGUUGCGGGCGGCGACACUGUCAUCAAUGCUUGUACCGAGGGAGGGAUGGCUCCCGAAGGGAUGGUUGAAGCUGUCUUGGAUGGUGUUAUGGCUAGAAUCAAUGCAUUGCUGCAGGAAGAAAGCACUCCAAAGGAUGGCAGUGGCCGCAAGGGAUUUUGGCAUGCCUUUGGUUGA